CAGAAACCAUACCCCUUGGGACUUCUAAACCAAUUUUAUAACGACAAAUAUUCACAAAAGCGAGAGAGUAGAGAGAGCUCUAUACAUUUGAGGCUUAUCAGAGAUGGCUACUGAUCUGAAAACUGGCCGCCGAAGGGCUACCAGCAGCGCGGCUACAAGACCAGGACACACGAGACGAAAGUCAAGAGCUGUUAUCCAGCCAAAGUCAACACAUACGUCAGAUGAAUUUCUACAAGACUUUCUAGACCCUACAUUUGAUCCCGCAACUUUCCUCAACUCAACCCUUCCUCCACUGCAGCAGCGCUCUAUACCUGGCCGAACCGGAGAUGUCGCACCGCUCGCUGAGCUGUCCACGCAAGCUCAGACUCUUAUUUCACAACUUAACGCCCAGACUUCACGGCUGUCAACUACUCUUACGCAUCUUACUGAUGACAUUUUGAGAAGCGGGAGUCGCCUGGCUUAUGAGGUGGAGCUACUACGAGGCGAGACGUUGAGUCUCCAGGAGACUAUGAAUGAGACGCUUCAUGACGACAUCAAGAUGUUUGUUCCCGAAGGAUUGCAAGAAGCCAUUGAGGCAAAGAAUGCCGCAGCGGCCGCUGCUAAAGAAGAUCGGAGUGCGGCACCGUCGACAACUGCUGCAGCUGUUACCAACGAUGGAGCCAAUCCAGAUGACCCUGAAUUCAUCAGACAGUUACAAACAUUAACUCUUGUGCGAGCACGCCUGGACUCAGUUAUUAAGACAUUCGGAGAUGCCAUGGAAUUCGUCUUCCCACCAUCAGAGAUCUCCGUCAGCUCCGGUUUCCUCUCAGUAUCAGCACCCGAGCCAGGUUCAGCACAGCAAAGUUCUGAGGAAAAGGGCAAGGAAGUACUCAAGAACAUCAGAAACGAGAUAUCAGAUCUAUUGAACAAGUCUGACGACCCUAUUCAAGGCAUUGAGAAAGCGGCACAGAGAAUUGAACAACUCAAGGAGCUUAACCGUGUAUGGAAGGACACAGCAGAGGAGAAGGGACGAAAUAAGUUUAUAGAGGGUCUUGCCAAGACGGUUGAAGACAAGCAUCGGGAUCUAAUGAAGGAAAUGGAGCAGACCAAGGAAAAGACUAAAGUGGAAUCACGGUCACGGAAAGGCAGUGUCACGAGAGAUGCUGCAGCGACUGUGGUAGAGGAUACAAAGUCACCGGGUGGAUUUGGACUGAUUAGCCAGUUGCACAAGCUUCGAGGAGGUCUGUGAACCAAUGAUAGAGACUCAUAAACUGAAAGCUAUAAAAUAUAUUGUUUCCACUGAA